AUGUCGUGCAAAACCAUCUCUGCAAAAGAAAUUUCCGCAAGUUAUAGAGAAGAAUUAAAGACUAUGAUAAAAACUCGUGGAAUUAAACCAAAACUUGUUGGAUUUCUUGCUAAUGAAGAUCCUGCUUCUAUAAAAUAUGCGGAAUGUACAUCGAAAACAUGUGAAGAAACUGGUGUAAUAUUUGAAUUGAGAAAAUGUAAUAGAGAAGAAUUAAAAGAUCAAAUUAUUGAAGCAAAUGAAGACGAUAGUGUACAUGGUAUAAUGGUGUAUUAUCCAGUAUUUGGAGAUCUUCAGGAUCAAUAUCUUCAAAACGUUGUUAGUGUCACAAAAGAUGUAGAAGGAUUGUGCCAAAUAUGUAAUUCAUAUCAAAAUAUCCCAUAUCUUGACGAGGAACAAAUUAAAAAUUACAUCAUUCCUUGUACUCCAUUAGCCAUAAUUAAGGUAAUGGAAUAUAUUAGGGUAUAUAAUUCGGUUCUUUUAUAUGGAAAUCGAUUACAUGGAUGCGUAAUUACUAUAAUUAAUCGUAGUGAAAUUGUAGGACGACCUCUUGCUGUUUUAUUAGCUAAUGAAGGAGGAAAAGUAUAUUCUGUAGAUAUUAAUAAUAUACAAGAAAUUCAUCAUGGAACCGAAUUGAAAUUAAAAACAUAUGAGGUUCGAAUUACAAAUUUGAAACUUGAGGAAAUUUUACCAAUUUCAGAUGUAGUAAUUACAGGAGUUCCAACACCUUCUUAUAAAGUUCCGACUGCUUUAUUACGUGAAGGAGUCAUAGCUAUAAAUUUUUCCGCAUUUAAAAAUUUUGAAGAUAAUAUUAAAGAAAAAGCCAGUAUUUAUGUUCCUACAAUAGGUAAAAUUACCAUUACAAUGUUGGAAAGAAAUUUAUUGAAAUUGUAUGAUCGACAAUUAUCUCUAAAGAAUGAAGAAUGA